UGCUCUAAUAAAGGGCAGUAGUUCAAGUCAGAAUGAGCCGGCGGAGUAUGAUAGCUGAGUCACUUUGCUCUGCAACAAUCCAAUAGUCCAUCUAUGAAUAGUCUCUGCCUAGAAUAAGAACAGCGAGAUAUGAUGGACUCCAACAGUGAGGAUGGAGACUAUGAAAAUCUCGAGCAGGUCUUCCAUCAGGAUUCAGCUCAGUAUAAAGUGACCUAUCAUCAUGAGAUGAUGAGAAACACAAACGAGGUGGAUUAUGAUAAGAAAGAGGAAUUAUUUAAGAAGAGGUAUUCAGUGAGCCGCUCUGGUAACAACCCGGGCAGAGUGAAGCGAGUAGUGUCAUGUAAAAGGAAGACUCAUCACCUGACGAUGGCUCGUAGGAAGCAGCUUGGGUCUGGACGGACGUGCAAUGCCGUGAACAAGGAGAAUGAGAUGAGUCGCCGACAGGAUGUGCAGCAGGAAAUAUUUGACACGGAUCGACUGGAUUUCCCACUGAAUGUCUGCCAUAAUGACAGGGCUGGUCGAGCUGGUUCUGAAAAAGCUGAGUUCUCUACACUGACUGAGCUCACAAAGGAUCAUAGUACAAUGACUGACGUGCUCUUUGGAAGAAACCUAAAGCUGAAAGUAGCUCUAACACUGUGGCAGAGAAACGUUGGAGAGUUAUUGACAUACUUUCUCAGAAUCCAAGACACGGGUGUGUUUGUCGAUUUUCUCCCCCUAAUAAGCAAAAGCAUUGACAAGGAGUCCUCGGGGAUUACCAUCGGCUGCUGUGUUGACCUCUUUCCUUUAGUUAGAAAAGUCCUCAACAACCCAUAUGAAGAGUACCUUGUAGUUGGCUUAAACUGGCUAAAUGCAGUUUUGAAAAAAUGGUGGAAGGAGCUAAGAGAAAGUGGUUGUACUGGAUCAUCGCCUCGGUUAGAGAAGAAUUUCCAAGUCUUUAAUCAGCAGUUGUUGGAGUUCUGGCUGGAGGAACCUUUUUUGAAAUGUGUUCCGGGAGCUGCGGGAGACAUGGUGAAGGUCGUUGACUCUUUCCUGUCUCAACUUACCUGGCAGCAGUGAAGAGCCAGAUCACAGAGGUUUCUUUGGAAAUCUUAGACAGGAGCUGCUUUUUUUGUAUUGUCUUAUUACUGUGCCUUGUUUGUAUAGAGUUGUGCCUUUUCUUGUAUACUGUAGGCUUUGACGAUUGUAAGAAUUCAAAUUUGUACUUAAUGUAUUGUAUUAAGCUUAUUUUUGAUCAAUAAAAUAAAAAAAUG